UCGAGUUCACACGCUCUUCUCUGGCAGCUUCGCUUCAGUCGACUUUUCUCUGUCGCACGUGUUGGACUCACUGUUUUUGUGUGCGUGCCGUUCGACUAGUGCCUGUUCGCCGGCUCACUUGGCGUAGCCAGCAGUACACGCUCGGGCUCUCAGCGUGUCAUGACACUGGUGGGCCUUGACGGCAGCAGCAAUCUCGUGUCCAUGAUGCUGAGCGUGCAGUCGCAGUACCAGCAGUCGUCGAUCGGCCACCGCGGCAACGUAAUCGUCGCCACGAGCGGCGGCGGCGGCGGCGGCGGCGGCGAGGCCGCCAAGGCGCACCAGCAGCAGCAGCAGCAGUCCGCGGCCCAGCAGAAGAAGAAGAUGUACGCGCAGUCGGCGCCCUACGGCGGCAGCAGCGGCGGCGGCAGCCAGCCGGCCUCGGUGGCGAGGAGGAACGCGCGCGAGCGCAACCGCGUGAAGCAGGUGAACAAUGGCUUCGCCACCCUCAGGCAGCACAUCCCGCAGAGCCUGGCCCAGGCGCUCGGCUCCAACACCGCGGGCACGCACGGCGGCGCGCGCGCCGGCAGCAAGAAGCUGUCCAAGGUGGAGACCCUGCGCAUGGCCGUCGAGUACAUCCGCAACCUGCAGCAGCUGCUGGAGGAGCACGACGCCGAGCUCGGCAGCUCGUCCGUCGGCGACGGCAGCCUCGGCUCCUCGCCCUCGCACAGCCUCUCGCAGCCCGCCGACCUGAUCAAGUUCGAGCUCAAGUCCGAGAGCGGCGACGAGCACUACCAGCGGCAGGUCAGCCCGCAGCGCCAGAGCCCCGUCUACGCGCCGGCCUCCGGCAGCUCCGACGCCGCCAGCUCGCCCACCCCCAGCUUCGUCUCCGACACGUCGUCGCAGGGCGGCCCCGCGCCCAACUACGGCGCCAACUUCACCACCGCCAUCUACCCGGCCGACGGCUACGAAAACUACGACCCCAUGAGCCCCGGCGACGAGGUGCUGCUCGACUACAUCAGCAACAACUACAUGUGGCCGUAGCCGCGGUGAGCCGCCGCACUCCUGGAUCCUCUCUCGCCCCCAGCCGACUGGACGUCGCGCCGCGGGCCGCUCGCUUUUUGCCAGAAUGCCGUGGAAAUGAAAAGCGGAAAGCCGAUGGAACGUGUAAAUAUAGCGUGGCGAUGGAUUGCCCAGCCAAGGUUCGCCGUUAUCUAGUCAGCGAUGCGUCACAACCACAACGACACUCUGCAUGCUGCAUCGACGAUGCUAUGCCCGCGGAGAAUUAGACUAUUGUGAAUAAUCUGAGUAGCUGUAAAUGUAUUUAUGCCCGCACCGGUAGAUUAAGGGAAAGCGCCCUUGUAACCAAUUUUGACAAUUUCAUUGCUAUUUAUUCUAAUUUAAUUUCGCAACGUACUCAAGAUGCGAAGCAGUCGCUCGCGAGGUCUCCUUGUCUGGACCCCCCCCCCCCCCCCCGUUCCACUCUCCUUUCGUCUUUCUAUCUCGAGGUGGGAUACAGUUGUUGUUGCGUACGCGCAUCAUGUAAAUAAUCGGGUCCACUUGUCGCUUCGCACGCGAGUUAUAUACAUCUUCGUUGCAUUGUGUGCUAAUAACAUGGGAAUAAACCAAGUUCCAGCCGACGCAGUUUAACUGCGAGUCUUGAGAUCGAUACGAAAGACACGUGCGUGCCUGGAGAUUUAUCCUGCCAUCAUUCGACCUUUAGUUAUGUAGUGAUUGACAGUCUUAGCUGUCUCUGUUUCUGCGUGGACGAUCGGCUAGAAAUACAUGUGCCUUAUAUAAGAUAUAAUAUAGAUUACUGCGAUUAACAUACUUUUUGGCUGUAAUGCGUGUAUGUAUAUUAUGUAUCAUAUUUGUAUAUAUUCAUAUAUAGAU